GCAGCGGAGAAGUUCGAUUUCGAUUGUUGUGCACCAUCAGAUUCGGUGCAUCGGUGCAUUUUUCGUGUUCUGUUCCUAAUUCCGAUCCAUCAUGCAUCGCACGAAAGCCGCACUCAGCUUGCUGGUGCGUGUGGACCGUUUACGGUUCUCCACCGGAAGCUACACAUCGAUCGUAAGAAUGCAAUCGACGUUACUCCCAGGACAAACACACAUCCGGCCAAUCCUGUUCUCGAAGGCAAACACAGUAAACACACGCACAAAACGGGAGUUUAGUACCGAAAAGGACACGGCACGUGUCGAGGAACCGAGCGAGGGCGAAAAGAAGCUGACCCUGGAGUUGGAAGAAUUGCGCAAAGAGACGACAGAGCUGAAGGAGCAAGUCAAAACCUUGGAUGAUAAGUACAAACGAGCGCUAGCCGAGAGUGAAAACAUCCGCCGGCGGUUAACGAAACAGAUCGAAGAUGCCAAACAGUUCGGCAUCCAAGGUUUCUGCAAGGAUCUGCUGGAGGUGGCCGACAUUUUGGGCCACGCGACCGAAGCCGUGCCGAAGGAGGAGGUCUCUGAGCGCAAUCCACAUCUAAAAAAUCUCUUCGAGGGCCUCACAAUGACCCGGGCACAGCUUAACAGCGUGUUCCGGCGGCACGGACUGGAGGCGGUUAAUCCGAUGAAUGAAAAGUUUAACCCGAACCUGCACGAAGCCCUGUUCCAGCAGGAGGUGGAAAACGUCGAACCGAACACGGUGGUGGUCGUGAGCAAGAUUGGCUACAAGCUGCACGAUCGCUGCAUACGUCCCGCACUGGUCGGGGUCACGAAGGGAUAACUAGCGAAGGGGGAUGCUGAAAUGGCACUCUGAAAUAUUCCUGACCUUGUUAAUAUUAUUAGGAUGCGGUGGGGCUCCCCUGAGGGAAGUUUGGGUAGCGCAGCAUAUUCCAUAAUAAAUGAAACGCUACAUUGUGUUCUGUGAAUGGACAAC